AUGGCCGGAGACCCUCCACCGUUAUGGCCACAGCUGACCAACUCCGUGCCUCGCCGUCGGUCACCAUCUCCUCUUUUUAGCCCACCAAUUCUUAUCAUUCUCUUACCCAUCAUCACAUUGCUUCUCCUGUUCUUUGCAGUCCCUCCUUUUCUCUCCAUCACCACUCAGAUUUUUAGACCCAACGGUGUCAGGAAAAGCUGGGACUCCCUUAACAUUUUCCUUGUCUUGUUUGCUAUUCUUUGCGGUGUUUUUGCUAGAAGAAACGACGACGAUGAUAACAACAUCAACAGCAGCAGUGUUAGAAAUGAUAGUAACAAUAACAAGGCAAGCCAUCAGCCUGUCUCGCAGCAAUGGUUUGAUUAUCCAGAAAGGAAGAUCUUUGAUGAUCCUCCGAUCAACACGACAUCGUCGGCAACCAGCGUUAGGAGGUUGAAGAGAAGCAGUAGCUCGUAUCCAGAUCUGAGGCAGGACUCUUUGUGGGAAAAUAUUAAUACUGAAGAUCGGUUUCGGUUUUUUGAUGAUUUUGAAUUAAACAAGUAUCGAUCCUCAACAAGUUAUCAUGAUGGGAGCUGGAGAAGUGGGUUUGAAGAAUUCGAAGCCAAGGUCAUUCCUGUUGACACCGUUGUGCUUCGUUCUUCUGCUUCAUCAACUCCUUCAAAGUCUCCAGCACCUUCUUCAACACCACCUCCACCACCGCCUCCACCUCCAGCUGCACGCCAUAAACCAAGACGAACUUAUCAAGCUGUUGGACAGAAAGAGAAGGAGGUGACUCAAAACGAUCAUGUUGGAUUCAAUAAAGUUAGGUCUCCACAGCCAGUAACACCACCCCCACCUCCUAGGCCACCACCUUCACCACUAAUUCAAGUGGGAAAUAGAUCAGAGCAGAGGUAUGCGAAAUUGGAACGUAGAAAAAGUAACGCAACCAAGGAAAUAAAGAUGGUUUUUGCUUCGUUAAGGAAGAGAAAGAAGAAACAGAAGGUAAAGGAUCAACACCAUGAUCGUCAGCAAGAUCAUCGUUUGCAUUCUCCAUAUAACCCACCACCUUAUUAUUCUACUAACAUACCACCACCAUCACCUCCUCCUCCUCCUCCUCCUCCACCUCCUCCACCACCGUCCUCCGUCUUUCAAAAAUACAAUCUCUUCAGAAAGGGCAGUAAAAGCAAAAAAAUCCAUUCAAUUCAUGCACCACCUCCUCCGCCACCACCACCACCAACAUUUUCGCUUUCAAAACGAUCAUCGAAGCAAAACACUCAUAUCCCACCAACGCCACCACCUGCACCUGCGCUGCCUGCUUUUUUUCCUACAAAAAAAUCAUCAAAGCAAAAGAGUCAGAUUCCGCCACCAACCAAACCAGCACCCGCACCACCAACACCGCCACCUGAACCUUCAAGGAGACGAACCACGGCCAACAGCGGUAGGCCACCAUUGCCUACAAAAGCAAAUACGAGUUAUUAUGACGAGAACGUGAACAGCGGUGGACAGUCACCGUUAAUUCCGAUGCCGCCAGCGCCACCUCCUCCACCAUUUAAAAUGCCAGACUUUAAAUUUUUGGUUCGUGGGGAUUUUGUUAAGAUACGAAGCAGUCCUAGUUCUCGAUGUAGCUCUCCUGACUUGGAGGAAGUUGAUGUUUCGUCAAGCAAAGAUGAUGUGGAGACAGUCAGCAUGAUGGACGGUGAUGAUGGCGUUGGGUUUGGUGCUGGAGUUGGAGGGGUCCGUGUGUUUUGUCCCAGUCCUGAUGUUAACGCUAAAGCUGAGAUCUUUAUCGCCAGACUCAGGGAUGACUGGAAAUUAGAGAAAAUAAACUCCAUGAAAGAGAAGCAAAGGAUAUAG